UUGGCGUAGGGGCGUGGAGUCACGUGUUAGGGCGUGAGCAGUCUCCCGCCGGGGCGCUUCCUGUCGCGGCGGCCUCGGCGGCCCCGGGGCCGCGGGAGCCUUGGAUGGUGCCGGGGGGUAGAAGGCCCGGGUCGGUUUCGGAUCCGCCGCGAGGUAUCUAGGCUGCCAAGAUGCCAGGGCCAAGACCUCGGAAGGGCCCUCAGGCCAGUGGCCAGGGUGUGGCAGCUGCCAAGCAGCUCGGGCUCUUUGUGGAGUUCAGCCCUGAGGACAUGCUGCUGGGGAUGGAGGAGACUGAAGAUGACGGGGACCUGGAGGCUGAGCUGCUGGCUCUCACGGGGGAAGCAGGGACCACUGGCAGGAAGCCAGCACCCAAGGGGCAGGCCCCGCUGCCUAUGGCCCACAUCGAGAAGCUGGCGGCGGACUGUAUGCGGGAUGUGGAGGAGGAGGAGGAGGAGGAAGGACUGGAGGAGGAUGCAGACUUGCUGACUGAGCUGCAGGAGGUCCUGGGUGCAGAUGAGGAGGCUGGGCCCCUGGAUGGCGAUGAGACAGCCAGCCCUGGUGACUCUGAGGAGAAGGGACAGGACAACAUUGAACUUUCAGUGCAGACAGCUCUCCCAACAACUUCAGUCCCAGCAGUUCAGGCUGGAGGGCCUCAGGGGCUGCAGGCUCUGCUGGAGGAGCGAAUCCACAACUACCGUGAGGCUGCGGCCAGUGCCACGGAGGCAGGUGACGCGGCCAAGGCCAGGCGCUGUGACCGUGGCCUGAAGACUCUGGAGUCCCAGCUGGCUGCUGUGAGGAAAGGCAGGAAGAUCAGUGAGGAUGAGAUCCCACCUCCAGUGGCCUUGGGCAAGAGGCCCCUGGCCCCCCAGGAAACAGCCAGCAGGAGGCCUGAAGCAGAACCCCCAGCUCCCCACUCUGUGGAACCAGACAACCCCUUCCAGCCUGAGACAAGCCUCUUGGACAGCCCUGGUAUUUCUGCCUCACCUGAUUCUGACCCAGACCCACGGGCCCUGUUGUUGGCCCGACAGAGAGAGUACAAAGUGGCUGCUCUGAAUGCCAAGCGGGCUGGAGACCUAGACCGUGCCCGAGAGCUCAUGAGGAUUGGGAAGAGAUUUGGUGCUGUCCUGGAGGCCUUGGAGAAGGGGAAGCCUGUGGACCUGAGUGCCAUGCCCCCAGCACCUGAGGACCUGAAGCCCCUCCCACAAGCUACCAAGGCCCCUACAGCACCCUCAGUUGCACCCCCAGCAGUGGAGCAAGUACAGCCAGUGAUGGCCUCUGACAUCCCAGCAACCCCAGUGGCCCCUGCUGAGCCACAGACAGUGCUAGACGCCCUGCAGCAGAGGCUGAACAAGUACCGGGAGGCAGGCAUCCAGGCCCGGGGCAGUGGGGAUGAGCGCAAGGCCCGGAUGCAUGAGCGCAUUGCCAAGCAAUAUCAAGAUGCCAUUCGAGCACACCGAGCAGGACGGAAAGUUGACUUUGCUGAGUUGCCUGUUCCUCCAGGAUUCCCCCCCAUACCGGGCCUGGAGCAUACCAUGGAUACAGAGGAGGAUGUAGUGGCAGCUACUUUAGCAGCUGCCCAGAAACUGGCCUCAGAGGAUGCAGCCCCAGCAGAGGAAGAGGAGGACCAGGACGAGGAUGAGCCCCCAGCCCAGGCCCCAGUGGCCAAGAAGCCAACACAGCCUGUGGUGCCUUCAUCCCGGCCCCCAUCUGAGCCCAAGGCCUCGAGUUCCAAGGAGUCGCUGAGUCCAUCUGUGCGGGAGCAGCUGACGCUGUUAGAGGCACGUAAACUGCAGUACCAGCGGGCAGCCCUGCAGGCCAAGCGCGCCCAGGACCUGGAGCAGGCCAAAGCGCAUCUGCGGGUGGCCAAAUGCCUUGAGGCUCAGAUCAUCCAGGUCCGAGCUGGGCGACCUGUGGACCUCUCCAAGGUACCUUCACCUUUAACGGAUGAAGAGGGUGACUUCAUCCUGAUCCACCAUGAGGACCUGCGACUCUCCCAGAAGGCUGAGGAGGUGUAUGCCCAGCUGCAAAAAAUGCUUCUGGAGCAGCAUGAGAAGUGUCUGCUGUUCUCCAAGCAGUUCAUGCACCAGGGCAAUGUGGCCGAGACCACCCGGUUUGAGAAGCUUGCUCAGGACCGCAAGAAGCAGCUUGAGAUCCUGCAGCUGGCUCAGGCCCAGGGCCUCGACCCUCCCAACCACCACUUUGAGUUGAAGACAUUCCAAACUGUGAGGAUCUUCGCAGAACUCAACAGCACAGAAAUGCAUCUGAUCAUUGUCCGGGGCAUGAACCUCCCAGCACCUCCAGGGGUGACUCCUGAUGACUUGGAUGCGUUUGUGCGGUUUGAGUUCCACUACCCUAAUUCGGACCAGGCUCAAAAAAACAAAACAACUGUAGUGAAAAACACAAACUCUCCAGAAUUUGAUCAACUCUUCAAGCUAAACAUCAACCGAAACCACCGGGGAUUCAGGAGGGUGAUUCAAAGCAAAGGAAUCAAGUUUGAAAUCUUCCACAAAGGAUCCUUCUUCAGAAGUGACAAGCUGGUCGGCACAGCCCACCUGAAACUAGAGCGGCUGGAGAAUGAGUGUGAGAUCAGAGAGAUCGUGGAGGUAAGGACUCUUAAGUGCUUGCCUGACGACAAGGCAGCUGAGGUCCAGAGAGGAGGUGUUCCAUAAGCUCCUCCAGAGCAUCCCUGGCAGAGCUGAUGUCUUCAUAGGUUGGGGCUCUGCCCACUACCUGGCCUCUGCCUGUUCGGGGCAGUCGUUCCUAAGUAGGGUUUGUAUUGCCCCCAGCGAGGCUGGUCAGACCUCUCGAGCACUGCUCUGCACUCUGCACAGGAGGGAAGCAGCAUGGUUGGUGUAAAGGAACCUUUGGCCUGGGUUCUAGCCUUGGCCUUGCUGCACAGUGGCUGUGUGACUUGAUCAUUCCCUCCUCUCUGGGCCAUCUGUGAAGGGAGGGUUUGGGCUCAGUGGUUUUCAGGCUGCACCUUGAAGCUAGAGCGUUUCUUGUAGGAGCUGCCGUGAGGACUGUGGGGAAAACCGAGUGAGCAGAGAUUUACGUUUCUCAGCUCCACUUCAGAGCACUGCUGGUUAUUUGGAUUUACAUACUACUUUUUUUAUAAAAGACUUACCAAAAACCACCAACCAACAGCACAGCGGGGUUGUCCUGAAAUGGAGACUCUUGUGUUGACAUGCAGGAAACUCUAGCUCCUCUCUCUCUUUACCC